CCUUGGGAAACACGUAAACACUCAAACACUAGGCUAUCCAUCCCAUUUUCAUGGUCUAAGCAGAAACGAUUUACUUGGCUUUCAUUGUGACACACAUGGGAUUCAGAUGACACGCGUUGUAUGGUCCUACUCUACGUUGGAUAGCUGUCUUCCUCUGCGAACACCUGAGGUGAUUUUGUUUCUAAACUGACGUCCAGUCGGACGUUCGCUUCGUGCGCAAGGAAUAUAUGGAGUAUCGAUUUCCCAGCGGGCAGAGGGAACACUCGAUCACAGUGACAUAACACCAAUAGUUGAAGUACGCAUAGGCCUACUUUUUAAAAAGUUUUCGAGUACAGUAAAACGCAAGUAUUGGAGUUUAAAGAGCCACCAGAAGACGACCGUCUAUUGGUUAUGGUCCUGCUCGCGCUUGGGAACUUUCGUCUGGAAUAUGGAACGCCGACAGGUGCUCGCGCUGUGCGCUGUAUUCCUGUGCGGUCUGCAGGUCGCAUUCGGCCAGACUCAGGAAGUGUGCACAGGCACCCAGAACGGCCUAAGUUUCACCUACAACACCGAGCUGCACUAUAACAAUCUGAGGGAGAUGUACACGGGCUGCCAAAUCGUCAUGGGCAACCUGGAGAUCGUGCAGAUGGAACCACACAGAAACUUCUCAUUCCUGGAGAGCAUCAGAGAGGUGACGGGCUACGUUCUCAUUGCCACCAAUCACUUCAGGAGUCUGCCGCUGCACAGGCUGCGUGUGAUCAGGGGCAACACGCUCUAUGAGAAGCAGUUUGCUCUCUCCGUCUUCUUCAACUUUGAAAGAGACACCGGCCUUGAAGACCUGGGUCUCAUCCACCUGACAGAGAUCCUGGAGGGGGGCGUGCAGAUCACGAACAACAACUUCCUGAAUUACUCCUCCUUUGUGGACUGGAGGGACAUCGUCAGAGACCCCAAUGCCCUCGUCGUCACCAAGGAUAACGGGAAGGGAGGAGAGUGCCAUGCUACUUGUAAGGGCCACUGCUGGGGACCCACUGCUGCCCAGUGUCAAAAGAUAACUAAGACGCGGUGUGCCCUGCAGUGCAACAGGCAUUGUUUCGGCGAACAUCCAGAUGAGUGCUGUGAUGGGGAGUGUGCUGGGGGCUGCAGGGGCCCUCUCAAGACAGACUGCUUCGCCUGCCACCAUUUCAAUGACUCGGGGGCCUGUGUGCCACAAUGUCCUCAGAAGCUAAUCUAUAACCAACAGACCUUUCAGCUGGAGCCCAACCCUAAUGUCAAGUACCAGUAUGGCUCCAUAUGCGUCCCUCAGUGCCCAACUCACUUUGUGGUGGACGGCAGCUCGUGCGUGAGCAGCUGCCCCCCGACCAAGAUGGAGGUGGUGACUCAGGAGGGCCUGAAGGAGUGCCAACCCUGCGUGGGCCUGUGCCCGAAAGUGUGCCAAGGUACUGGGGCUAGGGACAGACAGACAGUGGACUCCAGCAACAUCGACAGUUUCAUCAAUUGCACCAAAAUACAGGGCAGUCUACACUUCCUGGGGAUGGGCAUUAAGGGUGAUGACUGGUACAAAAUCCCACGUUUGGAUCCAGAGAAGCUCAAGGUAUUCAACACCGUCAGGGAAAUUACAGACACUUUGAAUAUCCAGUCAUGGCCUGACUCCCUGUCGGAUCUCUCAGUAUUCUCCAGCCUCACCACCAUACGGGGACGAUCCCUGCACAGGCCUUUCUCCCUGCUGGUGAUGAAGGUGGGCAGCCUGACGUCCUUGGGCCUGCGCUCCCUGAGGGAGAUCAGUGACGGCAGCAUCUACAUCAAAGAGAACGCCCAGCUGUGCUACCACCACACCGUGGACUGGAGCCACCUCUUCACCGGGUCGGCAGCACGUAAAGCCCGACGCGUCAAGGCCAACGACAUCAAGAACAACCAGCCACCCGGCAACUGCACUGCACAGGGGCAUGUAUGUGACCCUCUGUGUUCAGAUGCAGGCUGUUGGGGUGCGGGGCCCAGCCAGUGUCUCUCCUGUAGGAAUCACAGUCGAGAUGCCACAUGCGUCGCCCACUGCAACUUCUACACAGGGGAGCCUCGAGAGUUUGCUGGUGUAAAUGGAGAGUGUAUAUCAUGCCAUUCUGAAUGCCAGUCCCAAGAUGGAGGGCAGAGCUGCACAGGACCGGGAGACCAUGAGUGUGUGGCAUGCUCCAACCUAAAGGACGGGCCGCGCUGCGUGUCUGCCUGCCCCAACGGAGUGAUGGGAGAGAACGGAGUCACCAUCUUCAAAUACCCCAACAAACAGGGACACUGUGAGCCCUGCCACCUCAACUGUACACAGGGGUGCACUGGACCAGGUCUGUGGGACUGUGUGGGACCCGACAGAGUAACCAACAGUUCCCUAAUUGCCGGUGUGGUGGCGGGGGUGUUGCUGGGUCUGCUGGCCCUGCUGCUGAUCGCUGGGCUGGGCAUGCUGUACCGCCGCAGCCAGACCAUCCGACGCAAACGCACCAUGAGGAGAUACCUGGAGAGCAACGAGGGCUAUGAACCUUUCGACCCAGGAGAGAAGGGCACCAAAGUUCACACUCGCAUCCUGAAGGCUUCGGAGCUACGCAAGGGCAAGAGCCUUGGCUCCGGUGUGUUUGGCACCGUCUUCAAGGGUGUGUGGAUUCCAGAGGGAGACUCGGUGAAGAUUCCAGUGGCCAUAAAGACCAUUUCAGACCCCACCGGCCGCCAGACUUUCACUGAGAUCACUGAUCACAUGUUGUCCAUUGGCAGCCUGGACCACCCGUACAUCGUGCGGCUGCUGGGGGUGUGUCCGGGCCCGUCGCUGCAGCUGGUGUCCCAGCUGAGCCCCCAGGGCUCCCUCCUGGACUACCUCAGGCAGCACCGAGACCGCCUCGACCCACAGAGGCUGCUCAACUGGUGUGUGCAGAUCGCCAAGGGCAUGUACUAUCUGGAGGAGCACCGCAUGGUCCACAGGAACCUGGCGGCUCGCAACGUGCUGGUGAAGAGCGACUACAUCGUGCAGGUGGCCGACUUCGGAGUGGCAGACCUCCUCUAUCCCGACGAUAAGAAAUACGUCUACAGCGAAGUCAAGACGCCGAUCAAAUGGAUGGCCCUGGAGAGCAUAUUGUUCCGACAGUAUACACACCAGAGUGAUGUCUGGAGCUAUGGGGUGACGGUGUGGGAGAUCAUGUCCCAGGGAGCGGAGCCCUAUGCAGCCAUGAGUCCCCAGCAGGUGCCGGGACUACUGGAGAAAGGAGAGCGCCUCGCCCAGCCACAGAUCUGCACCAUAGAUGUCUACAUGGUCAUGGUCAAAUGCUGGAUGGUUGAUGAGACCAUCCGACCGACCUUCAAGGAGUUAGCCACUGAGUUCACGAGGAUGGCAAGAGACCCGAAUAGAUACCUUCUCAAUAGAAAUGAAAUCGAGGCAGGCCAGGACUCCACUCUCCAGCGGGAGGUCAAAUGGUCUCAGCUGGGCGCCGACCUUGAGGACGAUGACUUGUCGGACGACGGCUUUGCCACACCUCCUCUACAUCUGUCCCCAUCGCGAAGCCACUCUCGACUACGCAUGAACUCCCAAAGGACUGGUAUGGGCCUUCCAGCUUCUGUUGGAUACCUACCCAUGACCCCCAGUGCUGGGGACAGUGCAAGACAGCUAUGGGGUCAAAGAUCACGCGUGAGCUCCCGGCGGACAGUGUCGGAAUGCUCGGAGGGCCGCGGCACCAUAGUGGACGUGGACAUGACAUCACACAUGGGCAGCCUGAAGAGGAGCCGUAACCGUGGCGACAGCGCCUACAUGUCUGCCUCCCUCUCCAUUGGCUCGGAGGUCCCAUCGCCGGGGGUGAUGAGGGUGGAGGAGGAGGAUCCUAAUGGAUAUGUCAUGCCCCGGUCCACCACACAAAACCCAGAGACAGAUCCUCUGCUAUCGCGCUCCAGCUCCAGGAAGACUACCCAGGGAGACAGACCACGCAAAAGCUCCCGGUCCCCAACAUGUCCACCAGGAACCGGGGCAGACACCUCGCAGGAAUACGAGCUGAUGACCAAGCAAUCUCCCAGAAAGUCUCCGCCGGCUGAUCAGACAACCACUGUGGUAGUAGACACUUCCAAUGACAUAUGGAAACGGGCCUCUGCCAUGUGGUCCACUCCCAUCAGUAGUGCGUCUGCUCUCCCAGGUGGGCCUAGUUCUCAGCCUGAAGAACAAGCUCAGGAACAACAGAGAGAACCAGUCACCGAUGCCUCUUCUUUAGCAGCAGACACAGACUCCGAGUAUGUGGACACUCAGGGACCACCAGGUCCGAGUUUGAGUUUGGCUGCAGCACUGGCACCGGCUGGCUCCCCGACUGAUGGGCCUGAUGGACCAGACACAGAGGUCGACACGGACGCAGGACCACCACCACAGCAGCAGGGGGCAGUGGAGUACGAGUACAUGGACAUUCGCAGCUCCUUCAAAGCCACAGGGGUUGGCGAGAGCUACGGUGUGGAGGACGGCACGGCUACUCCACCAGCUGAUUCUGUGCAGGCUGACGAAGGAGCAGGAGGAGGAGGUGAGGCAGGAGGAGAGAGCAACGAUGAGGAGUUGGAAGAGAGCAGUGGUCAUGGUGGUGGUGACAAGCAGCAGCAGGAGGACGAGGAGGAGGACGAGGUGUGGGUGGCACAGCCCAGGCCUCACACCUCCAGACUGGGCCUCAGAGAUCGAGCGAGCCCCUCCGGCCACACUGACACCCAGGUGGAGGACUAUGAGGAGAUGGGGACUACCUCCCCCAGUGGAGCCUCCAGCACUGCGGCAGACAGUGGAGUGGAGGCAGAAUAUCAGAACCUGCCCUGUGGGAAGGUGCACAUGAGAUCGGGGCCCGGGGGAGCGGGGCUGGGGAACUAUGUGAAAGUGUGUGCCGGCGUUGGGGAGCCGGGAAACACGUCGUUUGAUAACCCGGACUACUGGCACAGUAGACUGUUCCACAUACGCACAUGAGGGCAGGGAGGGGGGGAACCAACGACUACAGUGCAUUCUGAGGACACACAGCUCAGUUAAACAGAUCUGAAGCAUUUUCAUCGAUCACACCCUGAUCUCAAGUGGAUGUGUCCCCUUCCAAACAGGAAAUCUGUUGUUCUGUUGCAAACAUAGGCAGUUUAAAUCCGUUUAAAUGGAAUCGAACCUUAGUUCGUUAUAAGCUACAGUAUGUACGUGUAAAGCCAUUGGAAAAAACUAACAGUGCAAACACUGCCAAAUGACUUGAAUAGUUGUGAGCAAAUUGAGUUCCUUUUGGACAGGACAAUUAAGGAUGUACAUACAGUAACCAACAACUGGUGUUUCAUUGGCAGCGCUUAGUUACGACAUCCAGAUUGGAUUUGGCAUGAAUGGAAAUGGAUAAAUGAAUGGGAAUAGUAGUAAAUGAAUGUACAUUACUUGGACUUUCUGCAUUAUCUACCAACAGUAAUACUAAUGAAUUGAUUGUUGAGUUAUGAUUAAUGGGCAUUGUAUUUCAAUCAUUAUCUCAUUGCAAAUCCACAUCGGGGUCUCAUAUGUGUAUCUGUAUCAGUCUGAAUGGCUUGUAGCUCUGUAUUUUGUAAAAUACGGUUUCUUAAAAUGAAAGUAAAACAAAACAUAAACAACCUGUUGUGCUGCAAGCGUUACCCUUCCUUUUCAUGUCAUUGUACUGAAUUAUUCAUUUAAGGUAUUCAUGGGCCUGCUGAAACUGGAGCAAUUAAUAGUUUUUAAUAUUUCAUCAUUGUAAAGGUGUUAGGUCACACUAUUUUGUUAAGUCCAAUGCAUAUUUUUCCUCAUGUUUUGAUAAGUAGUUAAAGGAGCAUUCCUGCCAAUUUCAAUAUGCUGUUGUACUGGUCACGCUAUCCUUGACUUGUCAGUACCCGGUGAUACUACAUGUUUUGGCUCAGCCCUUACCGAGAUAUGAGCUAUU